GUAACCCUCUUGCUGAGACUGGGCGAAGCAAACUGCAAAAUCAAAGAGCUGUCCUAAACCAACAGAUCUUAAGAGCAGUAAGAAUGAGAGCUGGCGCUGAAAACCUUUUAAGAGCAACCACCAACAACAAAGUACGAGAGCAGGUACUACUGGAACUGAGUUUUGUAAACUCAGACCUGCAGAUCUUAAAGGAGGAAUUGGAAGGACUUAAUAUCUCAGUAGAAGUUUAUCAAAACUCAGAAGAGACUUUCAGCAUUCCCUUGGUACCUCUUGGCUUGAAGGAAACCAAAGAAGUAGACUUUACACUCCCCCUCAAGGACUUUAUUCUGGAACAUUAUAGUGAAGACAGUUCUGAGUAUGAAGAUGAAAUAGCAGAUCUCAUGGAUCUGAGACAAGCCUGCCGCACUCCUAGCCGAGAUGAAGCUGGCAUUGAGAUGCUGAUAAGCUAUUUCCUUCAACUUGGUUAUGUAGAAAACAGAUUUUUCCCACCCACCAGGCACAUGGGAGUUUUAUUUACAUGGUACGAUUCCUUCACAGGUGUCCCAGUAUGUCAGCCAAAUCUGUUACUUGAAAAAGCUAGUAUUUUAUUCAACAUUGGAGCCCUCUACACCCAGAUUGGAACAAGAUGCAAUCGUCAAACCCAGGCUGGACUUGAAAACGCUGUUGAUGCUUUUCAGAGAGCUGCAGGAGUCCUAAGCUACUUGAAGGAGACCUUUACUCACACCCCAAGUUAUGAUAUGAGCCCAGCUAUGCUGAAUGUACUAGUAAAAAUGAUGCUUGCACAAGCUCAAGAGUGUGUGUUUGAGCAGAUUGGUCUUCCUGGAAUACGCAACGAGUUUUUCACCCUGGUGAAAAUGACACAGGAAGUUGCCAAGGUGGGAGAGGUUUACAUGCUGGUUAACACUGCAAUGAAUCAGGAACCAGUGAAAGAGAAUAUCCCCUAUUCCUGGUCUAAACUGGCACAAAUAAAGUCGGACCAUUACAAAGCUCUGGCGCAUUACUUCAUUGCCACCAUUCUGUGUGACCAUGAAUUGCAGCCUGGUGAUGACGAAGAUCAGCAGGAGAAAGCCUUGUCCCAGAUGUAUGACUAUGUGCCUGAAGGACUGAUGGUUCUCACCGUUUUAAAGGACAAAGUUCAGAGAAAACAACUGGGGAAAGCACACUUGCGUAAAGCCAUCAUCUACCACGAAGAAGCUCUGAGAGUCUGUGGUCUGUGCAAAAAGCUUCGGAACAUUGAUGUUCUUCAGGAGGUUCUGACAGCUGCACACAAGCGCUCACUUCUCAAAUAUGCUCAGCAAGAGACAGAAGAUGACUUUCUCAGUCUAAUCCAGGCUCCAGAUAUCCUCCCUAAAACAGAGCAUAAAAUAGAAACAAUCGCUCCUCAGUUAUCAAAGGUCAAAGUUAAAGACUUCUUUCACAAGCUGGGCCCACUGACAGUGUUCUCAGCCAAGCAGAGAUGGACAGCUCCACGUACUAUUCGCAUCCACCAUGAAGCAGGAGAGCUAGGAUUCAGUCUUAAAGGAGGGUCACCAGUACAGAUUUAUUGUCUUGAUCCAGUUUGUUCUGCAGCGUCAAUGGGCCUAAAAGAAGGUGACUACAUUGUUUCAGUUGGUGGCGUGGAUUGCAAGUGGCUUGGAGUGAAUGAGGUGCUGGAAAAAUUCACAAGUGUGGGAGAGCAGCCCAUUGAGAUUGAGGUUAUCAGUUGCCAGGAUACAACGGCAUCUAUGCAUAGUAAGAGUGCAACUUACUCUGUGGGAAUGCAGAAGACAUACUCCUUAAUCUGUUUAGCCAUGGAAGAGGAUAAGAUUGAUCAGACGAAGAAAGCCCCACUGAAACUGCCUUUUCUAAGUUGGGGAACUAAAAAUAGACAGAAAGCUGCAAGCACCCUCUGCCUGCCUUCAGCUGUGGCUGGAAGCUCUCAGGUUAAGAAGAAGCUUUCUCCCUUCACACUUCUGAAUACAGAAAGUUCAUUGUACUGAAUAUUUCAGAAGGAUUUGAAACAUGAUGUGUUAACAUGAUGUGUUUCUUUUGAAUGUAUAUAAAAAAUAUUGAUCAUUUUUAUCUCUAUAUAUACAUGUGUAUGAAGUCAGACAAAUGCCACUGACUCUAUUUACUGUGCAUUGAGCCACUAUGAAGGUCAGGGACUGGCAAAAACUGUAAAACUUACAUAUUGAAGGCUAG